CGUCACCAGCGGUCGGUUCGCUCACAAGUCAUCAGUCAAGAUGACGCUCCGGUCCAUGCUAGUGUUGCUGUGUAUGUGUACCGCGCCGGCGGCGUGCCGCAGUCAGCGACGUUCGCCGCACGACCUCCGCGAGUACUUCAGGAUGCCCCCGCUCUUCGAGAUGGACCACUACGAGGAGUGCCUAGCGCGUGAGCCCGGCCUGUACUGCGUGUUGGCUGCUGACCUCACCGGCGCCCCGGGCAACGACGUCAUCGAUUUGAUAACGGAAUAUUCUAAAAGCAGAUUAAUACGAUUUAACCACUCACACAUAGAACGAGGGCUUUGUGUUACGAGAACUUGCAAGAGACACAUCCAAGAGCUGUCUGACGUAGCGCUGCUCCAGGAGUGCCUCAACGAAACAAUACACGAUCAAUAUGGAGUCCAGGCAACAGUAACGACUGUCUACUACUGCCAUCGCUCCAAUAUAAGUACAGAGCCCCAAGUGGACGCCAACGAUUGGCUGUUUGGAGGUUUAGUGUUCGGUAUUAUCCUGUUAAACGUUUUUGGAACACUUUAUGACCUUCAAUUGAGUAGAUCCAAAACAAAAAUCACUGGUAAUCCUUACUUGCUCAGUUUCUCAAUUUUCCAAAGUUGGAAAAGGCUGACAACAAACGAGUUUAAGGACACGAGACAUAAGAAGUUUCAAGGAUUUCAUGCAAUACGGGCGGUCGCGGUGUUCUUUACGGUGCUGCAGCACUCUCUCUGGAUCAUGGGCUGCGGCUUCAUGGACAACCCGCGAGACUUCGAGCUGAAUUAUGACAGACCUUUUUUCCAAACUUUAUUUAGCGGUAUGACCUUCGUGCAUAUCUACUACAUAAUAUCUGGAUGUCUGCUCAUACACACCCUCAAAAUAGAAGCGGAGCAGCAGCCGGAGUCGUGGGCGAUGUUUCCAUUCGCGCUGAUCUACCGGCUGGGCAGAUUGCUGCCAGCUGUGACGGUCCUGAUCUGGUUCACCAGCACGUGGUUCCGGCAUGCGGGCAGCGGGCCACUGUGGUCCUACUACGUGGGUCCUGUGGUCAGCGAUUGUCGCCGCUACUGGUGGUCGCACCUGCUAUUCAUUAACAAUUUUGUGUCGAAUAACAUAGCUUGUGGCAUUCAAACUUGGCACGUCGCGGCCGAAGUCCAGAUGGCCAUCAUCGCGCUCCUGUUGUACCUGAUCACGCGGCGUCGCGGCCGGACGGCGGCAUUUAUCGGCGUGCUGCUGGUUGCGCUUGUAGCGCCCGUGCUGCACGUGUGGCUGCAAGACCUGGAGGCCAUUCUGCUGCUCAACCCGGAGCUGUAUCGAACGUUCGUGAACGCCGAGAUGCGCGGCAUGCACCUGUUCACCCAGAACAACCUGCUGCCGUUCGUGGUAGGCGUGUUCCUGGGUGACCGCAUCUACCACACGCCGGCUGCCCACAUCGAUGGCUCGCCCAGGACCAAGAUUCUAUCAAUAUUGACGUGGGCGACCAUCCCGGCGAUCGCGUUGUUGUACUACUUCACCGGCCUGUACUUGUUUGCGGAGGAGCGCGCGUCAUUGCCGCUACGACUGCUAGUGGCCGCCACCCACAGGCCACUGGUCGCGGUGCUAUUCGGCUUCCUGCUGCUCAGUGUUGUUUAUAAAUAUGACGAUACAUUUAGCAGAAUAGCAGAGUGGAGCGGCUGGUUGGUUCCGAGCCGCCUCACGUUCCUGGUGUACAUCGUCCACGUAGACAUCGUACAUUAUCUGCUCGGCAUUAAGACUCAGCUCGAGCACGGAUCACUCUUUAAGAAUAUGACGUACCACUUGGGAAUAUUGGUUGCAUCAUUUGCAAUGGCCCUACCGUUGUACCUAGUCCUAGAAGCGCCCACUACUGUUUUUGUUAAUACUUGUGUCUCAAGAUUAAGACACAGGUAUACAAAAGGAAAGAGUUCGUAGAAAGUUUACAGAAUUGGUACGCCUCCACAUCACGGGGCCAGCGUCCUCACACAACAGAUAUUAUUAGUUUUAACCAACGUUUAGCUCAUUAUUAUGAUGUCUACUACACCUCGAGCGGACCGGAUCAGUGAUCGUCAUUCACAUUGGCGUGAACAUGAACAAUCGUCUGUUUAAGAUAUCGAAUCUAAAUGGAAUGCCAGUGGAUGUGCACAUGCACAUGUGAGCGUUGAGGAAAACUGCUAGUUGAAGCUCGAUGGCCGCAGUGAAGAAAUAGUGAAGCGAACGUCAUGGCUAUGACAAAAUAAUAAGAAUUUUAUAUCAUUAAGUGAAGGGUUUAAUCAAAGAAGAAUAUGUUUUAUCCAAGUAUGACACUUCUGUUCGUCACAGGCUUUAAAAGGAGAUUAUAUGAAUCGAAGCCGUUACGUACGACGCAACAAUGGUACGAGGGCUAUAACCUCGCACAAACCGGUGGGCGUUGGCAGCUGUUACUUCGCCAAUAUGAGGGUAGUUAUAAAAUAUAAUUGUAGCGGUCACUUCCAUCCAUCACCGUCAUUUGAAUUUUGAUCGAACACCUUAUAGAAGAAGUCGAAGCAUUGAAGAAGGAUUGUUGAGAAUUGACACUUAGAACCACUCGCAGGAGUAGGAUGAGCCAUAACGUUAUUGUGAAUUUGUGAAAGUGUUGUGUUGCCUUCGGUCUUCCUCGCUCAGUGCAGUGAUGGAAGGGCGAGUCACGUAGCCACGUGACGCACCGGGACGGCUUGGACCGGACUCAGUUUCUUGUAUUUAUUUUAUGUAAAUGGAUAACAAUGUGUCUACUAUUACAUAUAAUAUUAUAAUAUAUACGAAUAAUUAAUUAAAGUACCUUAGAGAAGUA